GUAGCGGCAGCGAUGGAAUCUGAUCACAGUUCGAAGGUCUUCUGCCUGCGUGCGACGUUUUAUGAGGCAGACAUGAUCCCCCACCGUCUAUAAACUCUCCACAAUGAAAGAGUGGUGGAUACACGUCUCUUUGAUAUGCAUUCCGCUGCUAGCCGUCUACCUGCAUAUCCCGCCGCCCCAGCUGUCACCUGCGCUGCACAAGUGGCACAAUGGCGGCCGAGUGUUUACGUUCAGAGGCAGCAACAUCUUCUACAGAGACUCGCAUGGCGCUUUGGGGAGCUCUGACGUCGUCGUCCUUCUCCACGGCUUCCCCACCUCCAGCUAUGACUGGAAUAAGAUUUGGGAGCCACUCACUCAGCGCUUCAACCGGGUCAUAGCACUGGACUUCCUGGGUUUUGGCUUCAGCGAUAAGCCUAGACCACACAGGUACUCCAUCUUUGAGCAAGCUAGCGUGGUUGAAGCCCUGGUGGCCCACUUGGGUCUGGCCAAUCAACGGGUCAACCUGGUGUCACAUGACUAUGGCGACACAGUGGCGCUUGAGCUGCUCUACAGGAGUGACCAGAACCGCACGGGCCACCUGACCAUCAACAGCCUGUGUCUCUCCAAUGGAGGCUUAUUUCCAGAAACCCACCACCCUCGCCUGCUGCAGAUGCUCCUCAAGGACUCCAGUUUCCUGGCUCCAGUCCUGAUGCGUCUCACCAACUACAUGAUCUUCCAGAAGGGGCUCGGGGAGGUUUUUGGGCCGUACACACAGCCCACAGACGCCGAAUUCUGGGACAUGUGGACGGUUCUGCGCUACAAUGAUGGCAACCUGGUUUUGGACAGUGUUCUGCAGUACAUCAACCAGAGGUUAAAGCACAGAGAGAGAUGGGUCGGCGCCCUCACGUCCACCGUCGUCCCGUUGCACAUGAUCUACGGCCCCUUGGAUCCUGUCAACCCCCAUCCCCACUUCAUCCGUCUUUACCAGCAGCUGGUGAAGCGGUCAACCAUCACAGUUUUAGAUGAGCACAUCAGUCACUACCCUCAGCUGGAAGACCCCACUGGCUUCCUCAAUGCUUACUUUAAUUUCAUUCACUCCUUCUGAGCCCACCAUCAACAUUAAAUAGUUUUUUACAGAAA